GCGACUUGUCCAGCUUUGGGUUUUUUUAGUGGUGUUUUUCUAGAGUUUCGUUUGUUCAGUUUGUUGAGGCUAAGCGUUGUGAGCGGUUGGAAAUUCAUUUACUGAACGCGCGGCAAUGUGACGGCUUAAUUAUAUUGCCAUAAGCGUUAUAGACGAACGCAGUCGCAGCUGAGAACUACGUCGAAAUUGCCGGGCAACAUGGGCAAUGUGCAAACGCGUCAGCUGGAGUCGCGCAAUGCGACAAAUAGACGCAGCAGCAUACUGUGGAACUUUCGGUAUCCCCAGGCCGCCAGGCGACGCGACGAUGUCGCAAUGAUCAUACACAACUCCAGGCUGAGCAUUAGCGAGUGGCUAAAUCUGCUGGAGCUGCAGCAAUAUGAAGGCAAUCUAAAAAUGUACGCCACAGUCGAUGAUGUCGGCGACAUAACCGAUAGAGACCUGAAGCGCUUGGGCAUACGCAGCAUGUCGCAUCGCCAGAAAAUGCUCAACAGUCUGCUGGGCGUGCGGGCCAAGCGUAGGCAGUCCAUGAAUCUGGAAGCGCUGAGAAGUGCGCCCUGUGCGGUGCCGCGUCGCAAGAGCUCCUGCCCGAUGGUUUAUCUAGAUGCUGAUAAUAUGGCUGGCAGUAAUGAUAGCGGUGGAGCAGCUGUGAUUACCACCAAAAGUGGCAAGGUCUUAAAACAAUUGACAUUCGAUGAGACAACAACAAUCUAUGAGGAAUUGAGACCGCGCUCCAAGUGCAACAGCCCGCAUUGGGACAACAACGCCGACGAUAUGGAAAGCGGCAACAACAGCAACGUGUCCACACCCAUUGCCGCCUCGCCCAAUCCAAACGAGCAACAGGAGGCCAUUGCGCUGAAAAAGGCCCUCGAAUGGGAACUAAGUCUAGAUGCACGGGAAUUGCGCUCGCAUGCCUGGUACCACGGUGCCCUGCCACGUCAGCGUGCCGAGGAGAUUGUUCAGCGAGAGGGCGAUUUUCUGGUGCGGGACUGCGCCUCCCAGCCGGAUAACUAUGUGCUCACCUGCCGCAGCAAAUCAGCUGUGUUGCAUUUUGUGCUUAAUAAGCUGGUGCUACAGCCUGAGACUGUCUACGAGCGCGUGCAGUAUCAGUUCGAGGAGGAUGCCUUUGACACGGUGCCGGAUCUAAUCACAUUUUAUGUGGGCUCUGGCAAGCCCAUUUCAGCUGCCUCGGGUGCUCUGAUACAGUAUCCAUGCAAUCGCACAUAUCCACUCUCCUUCUAUGGCCACAAGAUCGUGGGCAAUCAGCUUCACACACAAAUGCUGGCCGGACUGCGUGGCCUGAGUCCACUGAGCUCGCCCAUGGGCAGCAGCAGUGCAGGUGGCUCCGCCAUCUUUCGCUUUGGCCAACUAGCUGGCGAUGUUCCAGCACAACAGCAGGCGGCGGCGGCGACGGCAGGGACGCCAGCCAGUCCGCACUGCUCGCCGCCUCGGGUGCGCCGGGAGGUGCCGCCGCCCAGGCUGCCCUGCAAGAAGCAGCAACGCUCACAGAGCUUGACACCCGCCCAGGCCAUGGUUGUGUGCAACAUCAACAAGCAGCAGGAGCAGCAACAGCAGCAGCAGCUCGCCGCAGCAGAGGCAACCAACGGACACGGGCUGGCGCGAUUUCAGACCAUUGCACGCUGUAAUCCCACCAUUGAUAUGCAGUUGCAGUCGCAACAGCUGGAGCACAAGUUUAGCACACAAUCUUUGCCGCGUCCUAGUACUUCGGCGGCGCAGGCGCUGCGCCAGCAGGCAGCGGCGCGCAUUUGCAACUUGGCGCGCAAUUUCAGCCUGGACACGCCGGAUCGCGCGCCAAGUCCGCCGCCCAAGCCACGCAAGGAGCCGAUGGCCGCAGUUUUGGCAUAUCAGGCCAGCGGCUCGGAUUCGGGUAACGGCUCAGGCGACUCGGCGCCAGGCGAUGUCAGCGAACUGAGCAUACAACGUGGCGGCGUCAUUAUCAAAAAUCCUCGAUACAUGAGCAGUUCCGCAUCCAAUGGCACGCUCAAGAGCUUUACUGAAUUCGAUGCUUUGGCUGCCGAGGAGCAGCUCUUCACGCUGCCCAUUGAGGAGUUUAAGCUGAGCAGCAAAUUUGAUUUUGAGAACUUUAGUACGUUGCUGCUGCCAUCGGUGGAGAACAAGCCGCUGGAUGGGGAUGCACUGAACACGUUCAAGAUGAUGCUGCUGGAAACGGGUCCCAAGCUGCUGGCCGAGCAUAUAACACGCAUCGACAUUGGAUUAUUUCUGGACGAGCCUACAAAUGAGUCGGACUGUUACUUAAGCUGUUCAGGCCUGGAGCUACUGACUCUGCCACAUGGCAAAGUUUUUCGCGAGGAUCUUAUCGAGCGAACGCAGUGCAUCAAGCUAAUGGUUGCCGUGACUAUACUCACCUGUCAAACGGAUUUGGAUCGCGCCGAGCUGCUGAGCAAAUGGAUACAAAUUGCGGUAGAAACGAAAACAGCGCUGGGAAAUCUUUUCGGUUUUUGCGCUAUUAUGUUGGGCUUGUGCAUGCAACAGAUACAAAAACUCGACCAGGCCUGGCAUAUUCUGCGCCAAAAAUAUACGGACAGUGCUUUUACAUUUGAGGCCAAGCUGCGCCCCACUCUAAGCAGCAUGAAUGAGGCCUCCAAUCCGCAGGCGCCAAACACAACUGUGCCCCAUGUGCUGCUCUAUGCCCUGCUAAUUGAUAGGCCCGUGCUGGAUAUUAUCAAUCAUGGCAAUGUGGAUGAGCGUCCUGCGCUUUAUAAUACCUGCAUUGCGCCUUGGGAAUCCAAGGCAGACGAUUUUGGCAUGUCCAUCAAUUUUCAGCAUUUGGAUGCAUCGCGCGGUUUUCUCAAGAACUUGGAUCUGUAUCGUAAGAAUGCCAAGAUUAUUAUGGAAGAGGCGAGCACCAGAUUGGAUGAACUGCUAGCGGAUGCUUUUCGCACCGAAUUUCACGUCAAGUUCCUGUGGGGCAGUUCGGGGGCUACCGCUAAGCCCGAGGAUCGGCAUGGAAAGCUAGAGAAGGUGCUAACACUGAUGGCCGAUAAAUUUUGCAGCGUCAGCACCUAAUUAAAAAAACUUUAAAACAACGAUAUAAUAUGGACUCUAGUUUGUAAGCUGAUGAAUACUUAACACAAUCAAAAACUUAAACUUCUAAGUCCUUGUACUAGUCCUUUAGUCCUUCUAUAUCCCAGCUCUCCCGCAGUUUCGCUCUAACCCUCUGUAAUUUCGUGCUGUUUCUACCUCAGCCUUUGUGUGUAUAAUUUUAUACAAAAGCAAAAUAGAAGCACUUUUGUUACAGUUCAAAUAAUUUAUAAAAAUAACAAAAUGAAAACAUAUUUAAAAUUUAGUUAAGCCAAGGAAACUACUUAGUAUUGUUAAAACACUCCUUAAAUUAACAAUUACAAUUUCAAGCUGGACGUAAUCAAAAUGUAUUUACAACUAAAUAUAGUCAUAUGUUGAUUCUCUGAGAGAGUUGGCAUUAUCCAAUAUAUAUUGAAGCACACUACCAAAGGCAUUUAUAGUCUAGUACUUAACACAUAUAUUCAACUAAAUAAAGUAUUAUACAUACUAUAGACUCGACAAUAUACAGUUAAUCAAA